CUUUCCUCUUCUCUUCCUUCUUACCCCCAUUCAUCCAAACCGUACCAGCAGAGGAGAGAGAAAACACCUAACAGAAAAGAACUCAAGAAAGAGAGAGGAAAACCAGAAGACUCAAGAAAGAGAGAGGAAAACCAGAAGACUCUUCAAUCAUUGUUUCUGAGAUGAAGAACUGCGAACUGUGUAAGGUUCCGGCGAGGACCUUCUGUGAGUCUGACCAGGCAAGCUUAUGCUGGGACUGCGACGCUAAGGUACAUGGAGCCAACUUCUUGGUAGCUAGACACACUAGAACCCUUCUCUGCCACACCUGUCAGUCCCUCACGCCGUGGAAGGCCUCCGGCGCCGCCCUCGGCAACACUGUCUCCUUGUGCGAGAGGUGCGCCGGCGGAACCAAAGAACAGGGCGAAGAGAGUGAAGGAGGCAAUGACGAGGACAUAUACACGGAUGGCGAGGAUGAUGACGAGGAGGAUGAGGAUGAGGAAGACGAGGUUGUAGGCGACGAGGAUGGAGAUAACCAGGUUGUCCCUUGGUCCUCCACGGCGCCGCCACCGGCUCCAAGUUCAUCCAGCAGCGAAGAGUCCGUUAGCCGGUGCAACAACGGCGAGGAGGAUAUUUCUCAGUCAGUGUCGACAUUGAAACGACGUCGUCAGGAUGACGAUUUUCAGGGUUCGAACAGUUGGGGGAUAUCAACCGAGGGAGACAGCGAAUUGGGGAGAGGAGGUUGGCUUGUUAGAGUGCGACGGAGAACCGCCGUGGAAGGUGUCGAUGAGGCGGGGGAGGGACGGAGAGAGUAGGCAGGAGAUUGUUGUGAUGAAAGAUGGAGGCACCUAAGACAUUUGAUCUGAAAAGACACCGAAGAAUCUCAGCCGCAAGAUGGGGCCGUACCAAGGGAUAUUAUUUAUGAGCACUUUGAUUAACUUCCUCUAACAGCACUCAUAGUUUUGAUAAUGACUAUCAAGUGUAUGAUGAAUCAGAUUUUUAUGAUUGUUAUUAUUUUUUGUUUCGAUAUUUUGAGGAUGAAGACUGUGGGGGUGAUGCUAUAUGUAGCUUUUUAUUUGUUUUUUUAUUGUAAAAUAUAUUUAUAGCUAGGUGAGGAUGCUUUAUGUUCUGAAUAGAUAGGAAAAACCAGGAAGUGAAUGUGAUUCUUGAUUCAUGAUAUGAAAUUCUCCAACUAUGCAUUUCC